AAGCAGCCCCAUUACUACCUGUCCUUCUGCUACACCGUACUGUUGCAGGCACGGGUAACUGGAUGGUAAACUGGAGGGAAUUUUUUCAGCUGAAAACUAACAUUCUUCCCCUCCCUCCUCCUUUGCAGAAUUGUUUUUCAGCUGGAGUAGUUUUCCAGUAUAGUUCACUAUGGACUCUGCAAACACCUGCCCUAGAAGAAAGUUCUAGGAGAAGAGUCAGGGAAAGACAAGAUUGUGUCUUCUGGCAGCUCUGACCACCAAAGGUGUUCAGCCAGCCAGAGCCUAAGGUGAAAAGGAAGAACUGAGGAGAAAACAAACUAUGAAAGUAUUGGUUAUUGGCCUUGGAGGUGUAACAAAUGGGGGGAAAACAACGCUGGCAGAAAAGCUUAAGAAAAUGCUUCCCAACUGUGAUAUAAUCUCUCAAGAUGACUUCUUUAAGCCAGAGUCUGAAGUAGAAACAGAUGAACGUGGAUUUAAGCUAUAUGAUGUACUUGAUGCCCUCUAUAUGGAUGAAAUGGUGAAAAGUAUUCGCAAUUGGAUGAAAAGCCCAACAAGCUUAGGUGUUGUGAUGCAAGAGCCACAGAAUACAUGUGACAAUCUGAAAGAUACAGAAGAUGUUUAUAUUUUGAUUGUUGAAGGCUUUCUGCUAUACAAUUAUGAGCCACUUAAUGAACUAUGGAAUAGAAGAUAUUUUUUGACCCUUCCUUACGAAGAGUGCAAAAGGAGAAGGAGCACCAGAGUCUAUCAGCCAGCAGAUACACCGGGGUACUUCGAGGGACACGUGUGGCCUAUGUAUCUGAAAUAUAAAAAUGAAUUGGAAGAGAAUGCAAGUAACAUUGUUUAUUUGGAUGGCACAAAAUCCCAAGAGGAGCUUUUAUCCUGUGUGUAUAGUGAUAUAAUACAGGAAUUAAAAAAGCUGAGGGAAGGAAGUAAGUAAUGUUACUGGAAAUUGAAUCUGCUUAUCCCAUUCCAAGUUAACAAGAAGCUAAUCCUUUUAUGUGAAAAUAACUGCAAGUAUUAUAUAGAUCUAUAUCUCCUUAUGUAUUACAGUCCUUAUACAUGUUUGCCCAUUACUCUAAGUCAUCAUAAGCUUUAAGUUCAUUGAAACUGGAUGUUCUGAAAUAAUAGGUGAAUCCAUUGUUAUCUAGUGAUAAAAUAAUAAUAAAAGAAGGGGGAACAGAAGGAAUAUGGGGCAAAACAUUGAUG